AUGGGUCAUUCUCUUCAUCCGUUUCUUGCGUAUGGGUUUCUCCAUCACGAUCUGGAUUUCUUUGAGGUGAGAUACAAGCAGACUCAAACUAUAUUCUCAAGCAAAGAAAAGUGUGAGAAGAUACUUGACAUGAUUUCAGAUGAAGGUCGGGUCUGUGUUCCUAUCGACCCGAAGAAGUGCGAUGAGUUUGAUCCAUUGGCAGUGCCAACACUUUCUCAGCUAAUAGAAGAAAUCAACUCAGGAGGCCUCAAAAUGGAUGUGGAUGAUUAUGCUGAGCCAGAGUCAGAGAGAAGUUUACUUGUGAAAUCAGUCAGUUUCUUCAGAUCCUCCUUCCUUGAACCUUUACUAAAGUCCUGCAAGGAAGACAUAGAGAGUUCAUACAAAACUAAGAUUGACAAGACUAAGGAUUCAUUCAGCUGCAUGGCAUCAUCUCCUAGAGAAACCUGGGCGGCCGACUUGGAGAAAAUCAAGCGAAAAUAUCGCGAAUUUUGUGAUCGCGAAGCUGCUCAAGCUAAUCGUAGAGCUUUGUUAGCCCUUCUUUUUGGAAAACCUAAGGAAGAUGGAUAUGGCCCUGCAGGCUUGGUGACGCGGACGCCAAAAGAAAGAAGAUGUCCAGUGGAGAAGAUGCUUCAUGAUGGUGUCAGGAGGCGGCGGAGAAACCAAAAUCAGAGACUAAUGAGUAAAGACUAA